AGAAAAGUUGGCUCUGAACUUCAGUCGGCUCUCAGACGUACUCGCGAUCACUUGGGCCGGAGAAAAGCUCGUGAUUUAGCUCUGAAAACAAAACGAAACUGCGUCGCGUUCGCAAUUACCAGAAAUAAAUAAUUACAAAAAUAUAUAUACAUUAUAUAUAUAUAUAACCAAAACGAACUGGCCAGCGCCCAUCUGCCACAGAGGAUAUAUCGUUCGAUCCUCCAUGCCAAUACCAUAUAAAGUUUAAGACAAACCAACGACCAUCGGCACGUCCAUUCAACCGUUGAGCGAAACCCACGCAAAACGACACAAAAUCUCAAACACAAAUCGUGAUAAAUUUUUGGCUAAAUUGUGCAAACGUUUUUCGACUAAUUAAAAUUUGACGUGCAUACCAAAACUCCAACUUCGACAGCCUUUAAAAGCGACAAAUAUAAAUUGCAAAUAAGCAACAGUUUUCGCGACGACACUUGGCAAGUGAAAAAUAAUAACAAAAAUAAAAAAAAUAAAUACAAAAUACAAAAUACAACAAAAAAAAGGGGGAACAAAAGCCGCAAAAAACGAACCCACAUCAAAAUACAAAAUAAACGUAAUUAGAACUGCGCAAAUUACUUAGAACUGCAAAAACAUUUGUUCUCCCCCACACUAACGCACGAGGAAUGCUGUUUUGAGCUUAAAAUAAACCAUUUAGAUUGCCUAGUUUAAAUGGAAAAUGCGCAGAGUUCAAACAGUUCGAUGAGACUGUCACACAAAGAAUUUACUUAGGGUUGCGAUUCUACUACAAGAAGACCCGACAGGAGAGAGAAAAUCAAAGACAGAGAUCAGAGAUCACUAGCCAGAAAAGCAACCCAAGGAUAAAGUAGGAAGCCACAAGAUAAGAUGCAAAGUGGAGCCACGAACGGAGGAGGACCAAGGGUCAGCUUUAAUCGGGAUGUGCACGUGAAGCGGAUAGGCAAGCAUCCCAGUGAGUACGAGUCGUCGGGUAACCAGCCGAGUUACCAUCAGCUGCCCAAGGACAUAGAUCCGGAGGAUAUACGAAAGGAGGCCGCCCUGGUAAUCGCCCAGGCGGGCAGACAUCACAGCAAAGCCGAGAACGGCGACCACAUACCCAACUUCCGGGCCAAGCAGAAGCGCCAGAACCAGCCCAGUGAUUUCAAUUCUUUGCCCACGCGCCGUAAGAAAGGCAAACCUGUGACCCGCAGUGCCAGUGACGCCUCCACCAAGAAACCGGCCAGCAAACGCCCCUCGAUCUUUGGCCUCUUCAGUAGGAAGAGCGACACGAAUGUCAGCCAGUUGGAUAGGGACCCGCGGUUCGAAGACGGCGGCGCCAGGCGUUUAGUGCGCAGCAAGAGUGAUGUGGGUAGCAGCAAGCUAGCCAGGAAAGCGGAAGACAAGGUCCAUAGUAACAGCCAGUCCAAGCAGCAGCUCAGUCCUAUCAUUGAGCAGGCGCAGCGGGAGGAUUUCUUUGAGAAGGACUACUUCCGGGAACGAGAGCGACGCAAAUCAGACGCCGUCACGCCGCGCGAAAAGGAUGAAAGUGGUCGCGGUCUGAGCGAACUGCUCGCUAGGAGCCGCUCACAGGCAGAGCUAGACGGUUCGAUCCUCCAAUCGGGAGGUCCUACCAUUUCGGCGGGCAUCCGCGAUCGGAUUGAGACGUUGCAGGCCAAGUCCGGCGAGAAUAUGCACAGCUCCCAGCAGCCAGCGGAGCGCUUGCCGCUGACCAAAGGUCGCACUGUGGACGGCCUGGUUAAGCGGUUGUCCAUGGAGCGAUUCUCCCCACAGCCGGUGAUCAGUCAGCCGGCCUUCUCUUACAUAAGGCCCAAUGAGGGCAUAACCUAUGCCCAGCUGGAUCUGGGUGAGGACCAGAUACGUCGUUCACCCAUAGACCGGGAUGUGCGCACCCCGCAAAGGGAGUUUGCUCCGGCCAGACCGCCGAGGGCCAGCGAUGUGAGGCCCAGUUACUCGCCCACUUCCAAUGGAGCUCCACUGGUUACCAGGCCCAGUCAUUCGCCCUCACCAUGGCAGCAGCUUAGUCCUCGAAAUCUAAGCGAUGAGGAUGAAGGCCUGGGCUACGAACCCAGAAAAGUUUACUAUGAAGAAGAGUUUCCCCGAAGGGCAGAACCUCCCAUAGUUCCAGUCAUCAGAAGCGUGAGUCCUUCUCCUUAUUUGGAUGAGUUGGGCUACAGAAGAGCUCAGCUGGAGACGCGCAUCCUGACGAGGCGUUUCGGGGAAGGAGCCACCCUAGAACGUCAGGUGGACAGGAAUCGGGAGGUGACCAGACCCACUCCCGAACGAGAACCAGAACGCUUCCAUAGACCUGUGCGCCAGGAACUGUCCAAUGAGUAUCCUCCUGAGCGAACCCAAGUGGAUACCGGUUCCACGUUGCCCAGAAUGGAGAAAACUUCUCGUUAUCGGCAUACCAAGUACUAUGAUGACGGCCAUGGCGGUGUCAAGGAGACCUAUGUGCGAGAAACGCAGCGGGAUGGACAGGUGCGUGAGUCGCGGCAUCGCGAACGCAUCGGGGAACGAGAGCGCGACUACAACUCAGCGGAUAGAUUGGAGCACGAGCCCAAGAGCCUGGACUCACAGCUGACGGAUCAAUACCGAUCCUCGCCAGAACUGCGCGCCCAGCAGAAUCAGCAGCGGGAGCAGCGAGAGGAUUACUGGCAGAGCAGCUUGAAGAGAGAUAAACUGCAGCAGCGAAGCUUUGACAAGGGUGACUCGGGAAUCGAGAACGAUUUCCGCAAGGAGUCCUUCAAUGGAGACUUGACCACAAGAUGGCGCAAACGCACCGUCCUUGAUGACAUGAGGGCCUGCGAGUCCUUCCUGCGUAAGGAGCGCAGGGACAGCGCCCAGCAGCGGCAGUUGCAAAGGCAGGCGAAUCCGUCUCGCCUUCGCCGUGAACACAGCUACGUUUACAGGGAACGAUCCAUCGAUGAUGGAUCACACUUUGAUCCCCAUCUGGACAAAUAUCCUGUUGCCACCAGCACGCUGCGUCGCCGAGAGCAGCACUCUCAGUCACAGACCCAAAAGAGCGAGGAUUCCAGUACUCUCAAACGAAACAAGAAGCUGGGUGGCUUCGAGAAGGUCAAACAGUUGUUCACGGGAGCCGGAGGCAGUGCCAGUAAUGGGGGAAGUGGUCGCAGCAGCGGUAGCAAUGUUUCCAGUGGCAAGAAGGAUCGGAUGAGUAAUGGGAACAGUAGUACUCUCAGUCGUCGCGAUAAGGAUAAGGAGAGGGAGAGAGAGAAGGAACGGGAGAGGGAGCGCUAUAUGGUCAGAGAGGAGGAGAUGCGGUCGAGGUACCGCGAGCAUCACACCUCAGCCCAGGAGACCUCACGCGAACCAAAGACUAUCGAUAUCUCGAUGCGACGCCGUCUGUCCACGCCCAAAGCUAGUCCCCUGCUGGUGAAGCGCAGUCCAGCGGACAAGCCACCCAAAAAGCAGCCAAAGGCGAAGGAGUCGCCCCCGGCGAAGGUCGAGAAAACAAGCUGGUUCAGAUCCCUGGACCGGCGAGCCAAGAGCAGUCCCAAGGAGCUCAAUGUAUCCGUCAAUGGACACAGUGAGACAACUUCGAGCCUGAAGCGGACCAAACGCAAUACGACAGCUGCUCCGGCCAAGAAUCUGCGCUUCUUUGGCGACACCGACCUGGAUUCGAAUCCACCAACCAUUUCCAAGGCCACCAGCAUGCCAAGGAGUCGUCCGUCGCUGGGUCAGUCAAAGCACUCGCAGAGUGCCUACCACCUGGACCGCAGUCCUCCGCCACUAGCCCGUGACUACCGCCAUACGCUCGCUGGCCAGGCUAAGGUCCAGAAUCAAAGCGGCGGCAGUCGGCAGCGGGCCAGCUCCAUGCAGCAUCUGGAUAAUGGCAGCGACGAAGUGGACUUCCGGAAGAGACGCCAUUACUCGCGCUCCCGCGAACUGCAUGACAUCUCCGAGAGCGGCUCGGAACCAGAGCCGGCAGAGCGCCAUAAGAGGAGCAGUCAGAGAGCCAUGUCGCUGGAGAGAACGGUAGAUGGACCGCGUAGCCAGCGCAUCGAGGAUCGUCCGCUGCUGGGACCACCAAAGCCGGCUAGAAGUGCCGAGCGCCGUGCACUGCUCAACGGCUUGGGUCAGGAAAAUGUGGGCUAUGGAAGAGAUCGCUAUCCGGCUGAGAGUUCUGGCACUGAGGGCGAGUCCAGCCUGCACAGCCAGCGCAGCGUGGUCUAUCUGCAUGCCACGACGGUGGGUGACAUCCCACAGCCAUAUAACCUGCGCCGGCGGUCCAUGUCACGCGAUGACCUUCGCAAGGGCAAGCAGCAGGCGCCCCAGCAGCCGCCUCCACUUCAACCUAUGACCCGCACUGUCUCCAGGUCAGUCUCCAUGUUGGCUCCCUGGAAGCCCAAGCACAUCAGCGAGGGAUACGAGAUCAACUACUCACAGGAGCAAAAUAAGCGGAUGUCCACACUGCCGCGAAAGCCGCCGCCACAUAAUGGAGCAACCAGUGCCAGCACUUUGAGCCGACUGGGCCGAAAGAACGAGACUUCCACGUCAACGCGCCGCUACCACAUGGACAACCUGGAGCGCCCGCCACCGCCGCGGUCGGUGCUGUCCGCAUCGAAUUUACGCAGCGCCAGGACGAAGUGAAGUGACAUGACGACCCACGACCCACGAUCACCACCCCGGUGCUCCAAUGUGGAGGUUCCGAAACCAACCACACCUAGUUGCUAGUUUUAAUCAUUAAUGCGAACUCGAAACGUAAUUCUAAUCAAAUCAAUCGAUGGAACACAAGGACAAGGAGAAGGAGGGUUGGCAUCCCUCGAUUGGAUGCAAUGCCCCCCGCUUAGUUGCGUAGGAUUCUUUAACCUUUGUUGCAAUUCUCGUCAUAUUUUAAAUGUGAAAUGUAUUCGUACUCCAGUAAUAAUUAUAAAUUAAUAAAAUAUCAGACUUUAACUUAUA